AAACUUGGGACACGUCAAAUAUGGUAAAUAAACAUUAAAAAUGGACAGCGAACGGGCAAAAUUGCUGAAUCUAUUGUACCCAGAUGAAUACCCAGCUGAAUGGGAUUAUAAUGUACAACUUGACGAAUACUUAACAAAACUUGGUUCCUAUAAAGUCGAUGAUUUAAUAAAGGAACCAACAAGAUUGCGGGAUGAAAAAAGCGCGGUGCACGACCAAACGCAAGAAUUAGCCCUCACAAACUACAAAGUUUUCAUAGAAACAGCUGAUUGUUCGAGAGACCUUUUCACACAGUUUAAAGAGAUAGAUGGUAAAGUUAACAAGGUUUUAAGCUGUUUACCGGAGUUUGAGAAGAAGUGUCAUGAAUUUAACGAGUCUACAAGUGGCAUUAAUCAUUUGAGAAAGCUAAAUUCACUUACUCUGACAAGAAAUGCUCAGCUAUUGGAAAUUUUGGAAAUGCCUCAGUUAAUGAGCAGUUUUAUCAAUGAUGAGUUGUAUGAGGAUGCUUUAGAGUUGGCAGGGUAUGUAAGGAAGCUGUAUAAUCAACACCCAGACAUACCAAUAUUUAAGAGCAUUUUGGAUGAUGUAAACCAGGCUUGGUUACUUAUGUUGCACAAAUUAUUGUCGCAACUCAGUCAUGAUUUAAAUUUACCUAAAUGUCUACAAAUUGUUAGUCAUUUACGACAAAUGGAGGUUUUUACCGAGUCUGAGUUAAGGCUCAAAUUUUUACAUGCUAGGGAUUUAUUUUUGCAAAAUUGUCUCACCGCCAUUCCUAAUGAAGACGUAAAUCAUCAUAUAACUAAAACUAUAGACGUAACAAGGGUAAAUCUGUUUAAUAUUGUCACGCAAUACAAAGCAACGUUUAAUGAUGAUGAACACAGUCCUUUAGCAUCCAUAAGAAACAGUAACAUUAACCAGAACGUAAUUUUUUAUAGCUGGAUUAAUAAAAAGAUUUCUGAGUUCCUCAAAACCCUUGAAACUGAUUUAAGUAGGGGGGUUAAUUCUGUAGAGUCAAUUUUGGGUCAGUCAAUGUAUUUUGGGUUGUCUUUCAGUAAAGUUGGGUGCGAUUUUCGGUCGUUGAUGAUUCCGAUUUUCACUGGGUGUAUUUUGAGGUAUUUUCAGGAUUCCGUUAAAAAAUCUUUGGUUAGUUUCGAGAAAAAUAUCGAGAAAUUUACGUUAAUUAAUAAGAAUCACCCGAAUGUACCUUGGAAAAACAAAACUGAGGACCAUAUGCAACCACCAGAUAGUUUGUUGGAGUUUUAUCCACUAGCAGAGUAUUUAAAUAAUAUUUUAAAUGCUUUAAAUGAGUUACGGGUAUGCGCCCCGAUAUCUAUAAUUGAUGAUAUAGUUAACUCUUUAGAAGAUUCAUUAAUAUUUAUAUCAAAAUCUAUUCUAAUAUUAUAUACACAAGAAAAACAGGCAUUCACCCCAAACUCCAAAGACGCAUUUACACGUUUGUGCAUGUGUUUUGCUGAUGACUUGGUCCCCUAUCUUCAAAAAUCCAUACACAUCAUUUUCCCACCAGGAAAUAUUGCUGCAAAGUUAGGAAUAACCGUACAAACUCUACAAAAUGAAAAUAUAUCGUUCUUUGACAAAAAUAAGAUUGUUGAACAUAUAGGCCAUUUAUUACCGACAAAAAUAGAGCCCGAGAUUCAUCUUGAAGAAAAUAUUGUCGAGAAAAAACAAGAGGACUCAAAAAAGAGUGAAUUAUAGAUUUUUGUAUGUAAUAUUUAUUGUUUGUAAGUAAUAAAAACGUUAAAC